ACAUACUCCUUUCAUGGAAAGAAUCGUUUUACCGGAUUUCGCUUCUCGAAAUCGCCCGUCGAGAUUUCUGCUACGGAACUAGAGAAUAUUUAUUUUCAUUCAGGAGAGUGCGAUCAUCUCGUUUACAUUUAUAUCCGAAAAAUGUGCUGCCUGUUGCUUUUACUGCUUUUACUGCCGGUCGUAACUUUGGGGCUAUGCGAGUAUCCUUGGUAUCAGUACGAUAUGUGCCAAAAUAACUCUCUUUCUUGUCCCAGUGAUCAGAAAUGCGCGUUUAUCGAGCACUGCUCAACGAUCGUGUCCUUAAUGGAUCGAAACUCACUUUCCGCUCACAGAUUGCGACAAGCUGUGUGCGGGUACGAUCGGACACGCAUAAAAGUCUGCUGCAGCGUUGAAAGUUACACCGAACAGCCGAUAUAUCCAGAUAGAAACCAGAUAGCUAUAUAUCCGACGCAAUCAUCUUCAAACUUUCAAUGCGGAAAGAGCAUUGUUCGAAACGACAUAGACGAUUUAGGAUCAUAUCCUUUUGUCGCAAGAAUCGGUUUUAUAAAUACAUUAACGGGUGAAAUCAAAUACUCGUGCAAUGGCGUGAUUAUUAAUGAGCGUACUGUAUUGACUACAACUACAUGCGCACUCGCGAAGUCGGACAGAUACAAAUUAUGCUCUGUGCUUAUUGGUGAAUAUAAUACAGAGACGGAUCCAGAUUGCAAUAAGUUAUUUUGCGGACGCAAUACCAGUAGCCACGACAUAUCGUACGUAAUAAAACAUCCGGGCUACGACGCCGCAAGUUUCUCCAACAACAUCGCCUUACUUCGCUUGAAGAAGGCCAUCGAUUUUACAGCCACAGCUCAACCAAUCUGCUUUAUACCGGAAGACAGAUACGUCAGCUUAGGAAGUACAUGCACUGUCGUCGGCUGGGGAAAAUUGUCAGGUCAAAAAGCGCAACCAUUGACGCAACAGUCAUUACAACUAGAACUCGUACCUAAGCAGCAGUGCUCGGACUAUUUAAGCCAAGCUCUAUCUGUCGAAUUAUGCGCCAAAGGCAACUGUGAACCUUGCUCAGGUUACAGUGGUAGUCCUCUGUUAUACAGAUAUGCGGACACAUAUUUCCUGGUUGGAGUCCUAUCAUAUGGGUCUAGUUGUGACUCAAGCACCAUUUUUCCAUCCGCUUUUGUAAAUGUACAGAGAUACACAAGAUGGAUCUUGGAGAAUUCUUAAGUUCGGAAAAAUAUAAAAAUAUCUAUUUUUUUUAAACGC